AUGGCCAUGUCCUGCCGCUUCGCAGCCCAGCGCUGCGCGCACCAGCUCCGGACGUUACGUUCGACUCGCGUCCGGCCCGCCGGAUCGACAUGCCCGCCGCUGGCUGCCGUCGUCUCGCUCUCGCAGGCGGCGGCGCCGCAGCACACAGCCCGGCGGCACAGCUCGACCGAGGCCGCAGCGGUGGAGCCCAAGAUUGCCGCCAUUGUCGACCAGAUCAGCCAGCUGACCCUGUUGGAGACGGCCAGCCUGGUGUCGAGCUUAAAGACACGCCUCAACAUACCAGAUCUUCCCGUCGGCGGCUUUGCAGCAGCACCCGCGGCGGCUCCGGCGGCCGCAGAGGAGGAGGAGGCGCCGGCUGCGCCGGCAGAAAAGUCCCUCUUCACGGUCAAGCUGGUCGGCUUCGAGGCCGGGUCUAAGCCCAAGGUGAUCAAGGAGAUCAAGAACCUGUUGGGCCUCAGCCUGGUCGACUCCAAGAAGUUUGUCGAGAGCGCACCCAAGACGAUGAAGGAGUCCGUGCCCAAAGAUGAGGCCGAGAAGAUGAUUGCCGCCCUCAAGGAGCUCGGCGCCAACGUGACGAUGGAGUAG